CCCUGUCCCUCUCUCUCCCCACACUCUCCCUCUCUCCAUAGACUUCCUUCUACAUUGUUCUCUUCUUUUGAGAGAAGAGAGGAAUAUCUGCCAGCAGAGAGGGAGAGAGAAACACUCCCAAGUUUCAAAAGAACCCGCCAGCCACCCUUUCUCCUUCUCUCUCAUAUUUAUUUUCGGUUGCCUCCAUCCUCCAUUUUCUUGGGCGCCGCGCAGAGCUGCAAGGACGGCUGCUGCUGCUGAGACCCUAGUAGUACCUUGCAUCGCAUCUACUAUCUUCCUCAUUUCUGGUUCAUCCGACAGUCUCUUUGGUCUUCAAUGCAAGAAAGCAUAGGUAGAAGAAGCUGUCCUUGGUGAGGUCUCCCGUCAAAGCCCAUCGCCCCCCCUUGGAAAGCGAAGUUUUUGGCGGACGGACAGGCGGAUAUAAUGGCCUCCAAGGAAGAGGCAGGCGAAGAUCAGCAGCGGAGGGUGAAGAUUCUUCUUGGCCCUGAUGAGGAAGUGCAAGGAGUGAAGCAAGAAGAGAGCAGGAGGGGCUCCAGCAAACCGGCUGAUGAAAAUUGUGAUAACAGCGGUUCGAUAAUUGACACCGCUGUACCGAGUGAAGAUCCUAGUUACAGGCACAUCAGUGAUACCAGCAGCCAGUGUGCUGAUUCUGAUGGAGGUAGCACAGGGGUGCCUGAAAUCAACUCCAAGGACAGCAAUGAUGAGAGCAGCGACUGCGUAGAUAGGAGCUCUCCCCGUGCUGUGCUCGACAUCUCGUUAUCCGGCAGUGUGGACUCAGACGAGAGCUCCACCGUUGAGCAGUCAGCAGAGUCCAGCCGCAAUGUGCAGUGGAGGAAUCUGAUCACUGGACUAAUAGUGAGGAGAAAGAAGUGGAUGGCGAGAGCAGUGACUUUCCCUCAGAGAUCUAAGAGCACAGGGCUUAAAAGGUACCUGGAGAGAAUCCGCAGUGGUAAGAACCAGAUGGACUGCAGCGCCAUAGCGCCAGAGAUCUUUCCUGAGAUUGAGAAGUGGAGGCCAUCAUGGAGAAGCUUUGACUAUGAUGAGCUUUGUGCUGCAACUGACAAAUUUAGUUCAGAAAACUUGAUCGGGAAGGGAGGGCAUGCUGAGGUGUACAAAGGACAGCUUGCUGAUGGACAGUUUGUGGCGGUGAAGAGGUUAACAAAAGGCGGUAACAAAGAAGACAGGAUUAGUGAUUUUCUAUCCGAGCUUGGAAUAAUAGCACAUGUUAACCACCCAAAUGCGGCUCAGCUCUUGGGGUUCAGUGUGGAAGGGGGCUUGCACUUGGUUCUUCAGUUCUCACCUCAUGGAAGCUUGGCUUCUGUUCUCCACGGUGCCAAGGGAGCCCUCAAGUGGAAUGCCAGGUUCAAUAUUGCACUUGGAAUCGCUGAAGGGCUCCAUUAUCUACAUGAAGGGUGUCAUCGGCACAUAAUUCACAGAGACAUCAAGGCUUCAAAUAUUCUUUUAACUGAAGAGUAUCAACCUCAGAUCUCAGAUUUUGGCCUCGCAAAAUGGCUUCCUGACAAAUGGACCCAUCAUGUUGUGUUCCCUAUUGAAGGCACAUUUGGGUAUAUGGCUCCAGAGUACUUCAUGCAUGGGAUCAUAAAUGAGAAGACCGAUGUGUUUGCAUAUGGAGUUUUGCUUCUUGAACUAGUGACAGGGCGGAAAGCGGUGGACUCUUCCAGACAAAGCCUAGUGAUAUGGGCAAAACCACUGCUCGACUCGAACAACAUGAAAGAACUAGUGGAUCCUUCUCUUGAUGUUGGAUAUGACAGAGAAGAGAUGGCACUCACCCUAGCAGUGGCAUCCAUGUGCAUCCACCACAGCUCAAACUUGCGGCCUAGUAUGAAAUCGGUGGUCUGUUUCUUGAAGGGUGACAGAGAGUCACUUGAACUGAUGGGGAAACCUAAACCCACAAAGCCCCUUAUGUUUGACUCCUGUGAUUCAGAAGAUUACACCCGGUCAACUUACCUCCAUGACCUGGACAGGCACAAGCAGCUUGCCUUGGAGCAAUGAAAUUUAGUUGACUUUGGACAGAUUUUGGCAUCUUUUUGUACAUCAUCACUAUCCACGUUGUGAUCCUCCGCUUUCCAGAGAUGUUUAAAGAUUGUAUGGAUGGAUGUGAGGCAUCAAUCUGCCAUUUACUUCCUGGUUGCUGAUCUGAGGUUUCAUGUUGUCUUUCCAUGCUUAAUGCAUGUUCUGAUACUCUAUGAUCUGUAUGCCCAGGCCAUUAUAUCAAGUGAUGCUGCCCAGUAACAGCAUAUCACUAGUCUUCAUAUGAAAACAUGUUUAGAAAUAUAGAGGUGUGCAUGUAUUUUGAUCAUCUGAGGUGUUAAUUCAUAUUUCCUUGUUGUGA